UAAUCAUUCAGUAUUGUUUGAAAACGCGUGUUUCCGCCGUAUUUAUUAUCCAAAAGCUAUCUUGUCGAGUUAUCAUGACAGAAGUGAGGGAUUGCAGCAUGGAAAGUGACCUAAAACGAACUGCCCGGCUGGAAUACCUAAAAUUAAGGCAAUCCAAGCAAUCAGAGAAAGUCGAAGCGGUGAAGGUACUCGGAAGUUACACUUGAUCUCCUACAGACAACAUUAAAACAUGUGCAUCGUUGUUCUCGCAUGCAACAAGCUUAUCUUUACUUUUAGUAACAUGAAAAUUCACUAUUACCUCUGUAACAAUUAAUCGGGAGUUGGCAUUUGUUUCUGAUCUAUUUAACCAAUAUUUUUCGAUAUAAUUAUCGUAGCAAAAGAGUGAGUUUUCAAUGAAACAGAUUUCUUCCACUGAAACAAGGUGAAAUCAACAUUUAGCUACGGGUAUUUUAAUCUCUUUGAGAAAGAACUGCGCUCUCUUAUGAUUUUUUAUGUUAAAGUUAAUGUUCUCACCUGCAGUUUGUUUGCGUCUAAAUUUUUCUUUAUUUUUAAAUAACAAUUUUCUCAUUGUCAAGCGAGCUGUUUGUUUCAUUUUGAUGCGGUCAUGUGAUAAUAGCGUACCCUGGAAGUCGAAAAUUAUUGGAACCCUAUAACUCUCAUGGUCUGAUUUAAAGUUCUCUCCACUAGCUGCUACACAUUUCCUUGCAAAUAGCUACCAGAAUUUGGUUGUUAGAUCCAGAUAACAACUAACCAAUAAGUUUUAAUAUUCUCAUUGGCUGUUCGCUGUAUAUGGUAUAAAUGUUGUAGGGAGAAGUUGCUUGUUAAUCACUUGUGUGAGUUAGAGGAUUGAAGGACAGUGAAUUUACAACUUGUGAAUCAGUCAUAUGUUAUUUCUUAAUCAAUAAAUAUUUAACUUGAUUUUUUUUAAUCUGCUAUCUUUCAGACCUGUUUUAGAGACAAUCAACAAAGCAUCAAAGAGCAGUUACUGAGGAGAAGAGAGUUACAAAAGGGUGAAAAGCAGCAAAUGGUUCCAUAUAUAUCACCUGCUGAACAGCUUCCCUCCACAAGAAAGGUAUAAAGAGUUUCAGUACUGUGCUGUUUAACUGUGAAAGCAAGUAUUGUGAGCAUAAUACCAGUAAAAAUUGGAGGAAAAUUCUGUAGCUGUUUAUUUAUCCCUUUGACUCCCAAGAUCUAAUUAGUAAUUCUCCUUACUGUCUGUUAUACAGUUCUUAUGAUGUUAGUUCAAAGAAUUUAGAAUUGGAUCAACUUUUAAUCCCCUAAUCAAUAUUUUUCUAUUCUUGUCACUUGUCCUGUUGAUAUUUUAAGGAGAAAUUCCAUUAUGAUCACUUGUGGGAGUGUAAUUUCACUUCAAAUUUUGCGCAUCAGAAAAGUAGCAUUUAGUUAUUGUACUCUGGUGUUUUUUUUUUUACUAGAGUUCUGUCUACUGUGGAUUUGGACAUGGUACUCAACACACAGUUUUAAGGACCCUGUAUACUGUGCAGUCUCUUCCACAGUUCUUUACCUGGUCUCCUCUGCAGCAAAACUAUAUGGUAGGUGAAUAAAUCUUUCUGAGUUCAAGGUCUGUAGUGUAAGUUAUGAACAGAGUUUUGUCGACUCACAUUUAUGGCUCAAGUGCAAGGACCAUAAAUCUGAGCUGAAAUACAAUGUUCUGUAACUUAUCGCACAGACCAAGAAAAUGACGUUAGUGAGAUAUUUCUUAAAUCUCUGGGUUCGAAUAGAUUUCAAUUUGAACAAACUUUUGAAUAAACUUUUUGGGAGCCACACUCUGAAAUGCAGCCAGCUUAAUUGAACAAUCAUAACACACACUCUGAGCAAGAGAUUGUAUAAUAAAUAUUUCUUACCAACCAAGUUCAAGAUACAUUCUGUUAGUUAUGGAUCAAGUUUUUUCUACUCCUUUUAUAACUUACAGUGUGAUCAGAGAAAAGGGGUUUUGUCGGUAAAAUUCUGAUGGUAUUUGACAAGGAAACCAGAAUUCAUUUUCCUGCACUGAAUGCCAUUUGCAUCUUACCAGGUGGAAGAUGAGACAGUCUUGCACAAUAUUCCAUACAUGGGUGAAGAAGUUUUAGACCAGGAUGGAUCAUUUAUUGAGGAGCUCAUCAAAAACUAUGAGGGGAGAGUUCACAACACUCCAGAACAUGGUAAAGAACACUUCUUCCUAGAUUUCAUUUUUUGUUUUUAACUCUCUGACAUUUCAAUUGGCUCAAAAAGGACUGACUUUUCUUUCACAAGAAUGUUGCCUUUUUAUUUUGUGCAGUGUUUGAUGAAGCAGCCCUCACAGAUGAUCUACUUCUACAGCUGGUUGAAGCAUUAAAAAAACACAAGAAUUCUGCCAGGGAGAAUGCAGAAAGUGAAACAAAAAAAGAUGAGGAGAAGGAAACAACUGAAGUUACAGGUUAGUAAGUCUCCUUACUGUCUGCCAUACAGUUCUUGUGAUAUUAGUUUGGAGAAUUUGGUAUUGGAUCAACUUAUAAUCCCCUUAUUGAUAUUUUCUUUAUUCUCAUCACUUGUCUGCUUGAUAUUGUAUUGAUAUUAUUAGGAGAAAUUCUGUCUUGGUCACCCAUGGGAGUUUAAGUACUAAUUACCCAUGGUAAAUCAUACUGGUGAGAAUACAAGCUGAAAAGGUUAAAAUUAGAAGGUUGUGUAUCCCACACAACCUUUUAAUCAAUUAAAGACAGUUGAUUCCAUCGGUGCACACUGUGAAUAUUUGUGUUCAGUUUGAGGCAACAUAACCCUAUAAACCCUUAAAUUGAUCAGCAUCUGAUUUCUCCUCACAUUAAUACAGCUGAAUUGUUCAUUAAGAUCAUGAGAAUAAGGGAAAUGAUCACCAACCUAAGAUGCUUUGAUUAUUAACAAAUUCUCCUUGUCAGCACUAAAAGAAAUAUGUAGAGAAGAGUAUAGAGAAUUUGGAUACUGAUGUUUGGGUGUAAAGGGUUAACUUUUAAGUACUUGUCAUGUUCAUCCCCAUCACAAUGCAAAAAAACAUCAGAAUAGCAUUUCAAUUCUAGCAGUAUGCAUGCUGUUUGUCAAAUGAAACUGGUUUUAUGGCUGAACCACCUAUAUUUUUCCAAAGCAUGGUAAAAGAGCUUGUGAAAUGGUAUUUUGUUCAGCCACAGGUUCCAUUCUUGCUGGGAGCACUUGAAAUUUAUCUUUCUCCUUAUGUCUCUGAAAAAAAAAUUAUUGUUCAGUUGUAAAUUGGUGUUGAUAACUGCCAACCUCCUGCAAAUUGCAUUUUACUAAUGUAUAGACCAUUACCAAUGUUGGGCAGUGUUAUGGUAGUUAUUUUUUAUAAAUAAUUCUCUUUAUUUUACAGAGGCUGAUUGUUUACCAAAAGAUGAAGAAAAACCACCAGAAGAGACAGGGGAGACCCAUGAUGAACUGUUUGAUGCCAUAGCAUCUCUGUUUCCUGAUAAAGGUUUAACUGGCGCAGAAGUUUUCCGAAGGUAAACAUCAUAUUUUGGUCUAAAGGUUUUUAUUUUUCUGGGUUUCAAGCUCUGGCAAGGGCCAUUUUGUUGUGUUUUCAGGCAAAAUAAUUGACUCAGACAAUGUGCUUAGCUAAGGGCUAAGGGAUCUAGGAUGCCUCUUGAAUCAAGAUGAAAAAAUAAUGUGGAGCCUGGCUGUGUCCACAUGGUGUGUUCUUGGGAAAGACACUUCACCCUUGCAGUGCCUCUCCUUAACCCUUUAACUCCCAGAUCAAAUUUGUAAUUCUCCCUUCUGUCAACCAUACAAUUCUUAUAAUGUUAGUUCCGUGAAUUCAGUAUUGGAUCUACUAAUUAUUCCCAAAUUGAUAUUUUUCUUUAUUCUCAUCACUUAUCUGUUUGAUAUUGUAUUGAUAUUGUAAGGGGAAAUUCUGUCUUGGUCACUCAUGGAAGUUAAAAGGUUAACCCUAAUAUGGACUGGCAUCCCAUCCAUAGAGGUUGCAACAAUAUGGUAGUUAUGUCAUAUUCCUUAAACAAGGAUCAGUUCUGGUAGAAUGAGCUCCUUGGCUUAAUAAGGUCAACUCUGAACUCAAGCCAAGUGGCCAAUCCAGCCAGAGCUUGUCCUGGUGUCCUUGGGUUGAAUUGGUAUGUCCCUGAAUGAGAUGCUAGUCCAUUGCAAGGUUGCCCCUCAGCAUUUCAUUGGUUUUCCCUGACAAUUUGCUGCUACCCAUUUAUAAUCUUUGGUGGAACUUUCAAUCCAGAGUCCAAAUGCACAGGCAUUAGGCUACCCUUUCUAGGUUGCUUUUGUACUUGAUUUUUUUGUACUGGACUUGUUUCUGCUAUUUUUCUACAGAUACAAGAAUGUGCUGGAUCAUAAGAAUGGGGAAUUACCUCCAGAAUGUACUCCAAAUAUUGACAGGUUAGGAGAGCAAUCAACUAACACUUUAUGUAAGAUCAGCGAAUGAAAAAACAGUGUCUGAAGUGUAUUAUGUGGUUGAAAUUUAAUGUUAUAUUCUUUGGUAGAAAAGUCCUUUGUCAUGGCAAUUAUUUUGUAUGAUCUACACUGUAAACCCUUUAACUUCCAAGAUCUGAUUUUUGCACAUUUCCUUAUGAAUUAGUAUGAGAAUGUAUUGUUAGAUCAAGAUAAAAACUUUAACCUGAUAAGUUUGAUUAUUCUCAUUACCUGUUGGCUGGAUAAUUUAUGGAUAUUUUGGGGAGAAGUUACAUGUUAAUUACUUCUGGUGGUUAAAGUGUUGAGCUUUUUAUAUUGGCUGAUUCAUGACAUGUCGCAUACAAAUUUUACUUCAGAUGAGUGGUUUUACUUUUUCCUUUUUUUUUUAGUCCCAUGGCACAAUCUGUUUCAAGAGAACAAAGUCUGCACUCUUUUCACAUGCUGUUCUGCAGAAGAUGUUACAAGUAUGAUUGCUUUAUGCAUGGUAAGCAGAGCUGAUCUUCAUUGCAGUAAUAGUUGUUAUUAUAUGGCAAGACAGUCCUGAGGUAAAUUGGACCAUUCUGGUUCAUUCUUACUUGGUCCAGAUUCUGCCAUACAGAUUGUUUCUACUGAAACGUCAUCACUGGCAGCCAUGUAUUUUUGAUCGGAAAAGCCACAAUUUCGAAAUAAAGAAGUUUGGUUCAUGUGCAUUUAAUAUACUACUUACUACCUUCACUUGCUCCAGCCAUACUGGGGAAUAUUUGCCCCAGGUCGUUUUUGUACAAACCUAGCUGUGCUUGGUCCACACUGCCACAACCUUGGGCCAAUAUCCCUAGUAUGGCCCUUGCACUCAGUCAAUAAGAAGGUAUUAUUUUCAAGGGAGAUAGGUGUGUAAAGCAUGAAUAUAAAAUUGUUUUAUAUUCGCAUUAAGUGGCUUAAACUAUUGUUCUCAGUGAUGCUGGUCAGUAUUCAUCACUCUGGAUGGAAUUCAUCAUUGAAGUCAAGUGACUGAUAACUACUUUCACUCACAUUAUUGAAACACGAGUCUCUAUCAGUGAAAAAAUAUUUGCUUUUGAGGACUUUCCUCUCAUGAAUGAUCUCAUUAUCUAAUUGGCUGAGUCAUUUUUGUCAUACAGUUUGUAACUUUGAUGGAAAAACUUUUUAUUUACUGGUAAUUGCUGCAUUUUUGUUAAUCUAGGGUGGAGAACACUUCCCACACAGAUCAAGCGAAAGGUACAGAUUUUUUUAAGGUUGUGUCAUUGCUGUGUCCAUACACUGCACCAGAUAAAUUUAAGGAUUGCUUUUCUGUUUUCAAAUUUUUUCUUGUAUGGACAGGGCUUAACAUUGCUCAUAUUUGUAAGAAAUUAGGCCAUAGCCUGGCUCUCAAUUUGAUCCGGAAAGUUUGAAAAAUUGUCUCAGAAUUUUACAAUCUUUGUCUUGCGCACAGAGCCCUGUUGAUUUACAAGAAACAAACCCAUGUGGAGCUGAGUGCUAUACGCAUGUUAAGGUACGUUCACAACUAGAGAUGUCGAAAGUAAUCCGAGACUGCCAUUGUUUUUCUUUACUUCGCUCUGUGAUUGGUCCAAAAAAACUCGUGCCAUUCUCUUAACCAAUCAGAUGCAAAGCUAACACCUGUCACAAAAAAAACGUGGUCAUUCUCGUUUUCCCAAUCGGAUGCAAAGGGCCACCUUCGACUUGUUUUCACCCGCGUUUUCCCGAGUUGUUCAUUGGUUUUUCUUUGCAUUUUUGGUUCUUUCUUUUCGAUUGGUCAAUGUAAUUACAUGUACUUUGGUUUUGGUUUUACGCCACUCCAUUGAAAAGUACUUGAAAUACUUUUGAUAGUCGCUUUACUCGUUGCAACAGAACGCGCACGAAGGAGAAGAAGACAGCAAGUCAUCAGAGUCAGUCAGCACGAGGCGAAGAAGUAGAACCAGCAGCAAAGACAGCAAAAGUGGAAAAGUAAACUCUAAAGGUUCAGGAUUUCCCAGUCCAGAGAAAACAGCGGUAAAAAAUGUUUCUAAAUUUUUUCAGAAGAUUUUAACAAAUGAGUUUAUACUGGUUGGUUGGAGACAUGGUUAACUUUUUUUUAGAGUUUGCGACUUAUUAAAUUAAAAAUUCCUAUACCCAGUAAAAGAUGUGAUAUGGAGAAAUUUUUAAUUUAGUGUAUUAAGUAAUCCGGGAUUGCUUUGCUUUUGCCGCACUUAAUUUCUAUUAUUUUGUUUUUAAAAGACUGAAGGAAGUAACACAGAUCCUUUGCUUGCAACUACUGAAUGGACAGGAGCGGAGGCCUCGUUGUUUCGCGUUUUGAGGCCAAUCUACUGUAACAACUAUUGCAGUAUUGCAAAUUUAAUUCGAACGAAAACUUGCAAAGAGGUGAGGAGCGUAGAAUUUAUACUAGGUCUUUCCCGAAAAAGACCCGCUAAUCAAACGUCGCGUUAUUGUCGUAACUCUUCGGCCCAGCAUCGGUGGCAUAACAAAAUGUCGUGCUGUCCAUCGUUUUUGCUCGAUUUUUCAGUCAACGAUGCUGGCCAGUGUUGGGCAGCACCGGAGCUCGGUCGUGGAGGCGACACUGGCGCGAAUUUGAUUCAAACUUCGGGGCAUCGUCGUAUUUCUUUACGUCAGCAUCGGAUAAUACGACAAAACGUCGAGCUUCUUGUCGUCGUUGCUCGACGUUUCCGCUGAAGACGGGCCGGUGUUUAGAAGUAAGGCAAGCUCGAUUAUUUCGGUUAUAAAGGCGAUGCUGGCGCAAAGUUGGUUCAAACUUCGCACUUUUUCGUAACUUAAUUUCGAACGAGCCUGUUGUCACGACAAGCUCGAUCGCGGAAGCCGAAUCGGGCGGAAAGUUUUAGACGCGAAAACGACUAAUUUUUUGGAGGUCAGUGACUUUGGCCCAACGAAUAUUGUGUCUCAUUUUACAGGUGUACCUGAGAGCAUUGCAAGAGUCACAUGAACCGUUACCGACAGCAGAUGAUCAGGAUACUCCACCAAGGAAGAAGAAAAGGAAACACAGGUCUGCUUCUAUACAAAAUAUACGUUAACCCUUUCACUCGUUACUGUUUGCCAUGCAAUACCGUAUUAUCUCGAAUCAGCGCUCGGGCGCUGAUUCAAAAUUUCGGCGGAAAGGAGGGCGCUUAUUAUUCUCUUAUACUCUUUCCGCUAUUGUCGAAGCUCAAAAAGUUAUUAAGCAAAGUGGCAAUAGAAACAGUUUUUUUCGUGUAUUCCUACUAUUUAAGAAAAUGAGGGAAGACGGGGGAGACGCUUCUUCGAGGGGGGCGCUUGUUUGACAUUUUGGUGGGUUUGGAUGAGCGCAUAUACGGGAGAGGACGCUUAUUAGAGCGUGGGCACUUAUAAGCGCGUGGGCGCUUAUUCGAGUAAGUACGGUAAUUCUCAUGAUGUUAGUUUGGAGAAUUUGGCAUUGGAUCAACUAAUAAUCCCCUAAUUGAUAUUUCUCUUUCUUCUUAUCGUAUGUCUCCUUGAUAUUGUAUCAAUAUUGUAACGAGAACUUCUGUCUUGGUCACACAUGGGAGUUUAAGGUUUAAAUUUUGUUAUCGACGUAGGGGAUAACGUCCAGCUGCCAUCUAUUUUGUCCUUGCAUGUCUCUACCAAGCGUGAUUUAUGGUUCUUUAUUGUUGGAAUGCUUAUUUCGUUUCUAUGUUUUGCAGGAUGUGGUCUCUUCAUUGUAGAAAGAUUCAGCUAAAGAAAGGUGAGGAAACAUUUGAGAAAAACUGAAAAUUGGGAAAUAUUAGGUUUCCUUCUUAAGCUGUGUUACAUGAACAGAAAAUUUUAAGAAUUCUUUCCUGUCAAACAUUUCAGUGAUCUCGAGCGAAAAUUUGUCUUCCUGCAAAAUCCUUGAAAAUCGAUAAUCUGCCUCCAAAAUUUCUCCCUCCUCUACAUACCAUACUGAUAUGGAGCUGCCUUAAAUUUAGCUAAGGAGCUCGUUGAAGUAAAUCAUCUAUUUUCGCCACACUAAUUGAAAGCGUCUUUUUUCCUUGUGUUUGUAUCAUUUUAGACAGCACCUCUACUCAUGUGUACAACUACAUUCCUUGUGACCAUCCUGGACAGACAUGUGAUCAGUCGUGCAUCUGUGUUGCAACUCAAAACUUUUGCGAAAAGUUCUGUCAAUGCAGCACCGAUUGUAAGUCUAGUCUAUUGUAAAGAGUUACUGAAUUUGAAAAGUAAUCUGGGCUUCAUGGUUUUGCUACAGUUCACUAUGUGACUGGUCCGGAAAACUCGCGCCAUCCUCUCAACCAAUCAGACGCGACCGAUCACGACUUGGUCGCCCGCGUUUUCCCGCGCUUUGGGCAGUUUGGGCACUUCCUCGACCAAUCAGAUGCCAAAUUAUAACCAACCGCGCUUCCAAUUUUUUGCUUGUUUUCUCUUUGCGCCCUCAUUUGCUGUGUGACUAUUUGGUUUUUUUUUUGAUUGGCCAGCGUGAUCAUUUUGGUUUUAGUUUUACGACACUCAAUAAAAACGUGCUCAAACAGCCAAUCAGAACAGCUGUUAGUGAUGUAAACGACCAAUUAGAAUGCGAAUCAUAUGCACGUAACCCCAAGAGAGCGCGGGGAAAACGCUACUGGUUUUGCAUUUGAUAAGCUGAGAAUGUAGAGUUAGGUUGCCAAGCAAAACCGAAGCAAUUCUAGAUUACUAGAAUCUCCCCUGAAAUCAGAUUAAAAGGUAUUGUUUAAUAUUACUUCAGUACGUUAUUUCCUCGUUAAAGACCGGCAGUUGUCCCAUAACUUUCACUAUAAAUAAUGUUUUGAACUGGUGCUAAGACAUUAGUGCAAUGAGGUCGACUGUCCCUCCCCUCCGUUAGGUCAAAACCGGUUCCCUGGCUGUCGCUGCAAAGCUCAGUGCAACACCAAGCAGUGCCCAUGCUUCUUAGCCGUCAGAGAGUGUGACCCAGACCUUUGUGGGACUUGUGGUGCUGGUAAGUAAAGAGAAAGGCCCUCUGAAACUGGAAAUUGUUCGGGAAGGCAGUUUUUACGGUGUUAAAAGGUACCUUCAACUCGUAGGGGUUUACAAACUAUAAGCUUGUUUAGAAUAAGACAAAAGAGAUAAAUAGAAACUGAGAAGGAAUGAAGAUGACUAAGGAUAGGUAAGAUGGUUUUGGCUUCUUACUUUUAUGACGUUGUUUGUUGUGGACAAAAAGUAAAUGUUGUUGAAUUUCCCUCUAUAGAUAGCUUUGAUGUAGCCACUAACAUUUCCUGUAGAAAUGUCGGCCUACAACGUGGUCAAAGAAAGGUUUGUACUUAAUUUGUUAAUUGAACAAUUGUAUAGUGUACCAAGCUAACACACAAGUACACUUUGGCUUUUUCAGCAUUUGUUGCUUGCGCCCUCUGACGUGGCUGGUUGGGGAAUUUACAUCAAGGAGCCUUGCAAAAAGAACGAAUUCAUCGGCGAGUACUGUGGAGAGGUAGGAAAAGUUUGCUUUCUUAUUUUUAAUGCACACAUAGCAGUCACUUCAUUCGUUGUCUGCCUGCGAGACUAAGAAGGAGAAUGAUUAAGUAAAACUUUUAAAGCGCCUUGAUAUUUACUUCGUUUUUUUGGGAACUAAGAGAGGUAACUCAAGCUAUCGGUUAUUAUUUUUUUACUGGACUAUUUUGUUCAGUCGAGAAAACGUUUGGUCUUUGCUCAAAGACCUCUCAAAAAAAUUGCUCGAGUUAUCGAAAGAGUGUCGAGCAGGCCGCUCGCCAUCGGGCUCUCGUUUCCCCUAGCAACAGCUAAGCUGAAAUCGCAGGCUCAGACAUCUGAAGAAGAAACAAGAGUGUGUACGUCUUUUUUCCCCUUCAAAUUAAAUAGGAAGUGAAUCCUCACAGGUUUUUACUUUCGUUUCUUUUGCUGUCAGAUCAUCUCUCAGGACGAGGCCGACCGCAGAGGAAAAGUUUACGACAAGUACAUGUGCAGUUUUCUCUUCAAUCUGAACAAUGGUAGGGAAAGACGAUCCUAACAUUUCAUUUAAUUUUAAUCUAGAACCAAAUCGCCAUUUUGGGCGAUGUUAAUGUCAUUGUUGGGUUCGAAUCCUCACGAGAGACUUAAACUUUUUUUCCCAUCCCACCCUCGUGUCAGUUGUGUAGCAUUUUUCUUGUUAAUUGUGUUGGAUUUGCUUAAUUUUCAGACUUUGUUGUUGACGCUACUCGCAAAGGAAACAAAAUUAGGUUCGCUAACCAUUCCAUCAGUCCGAACUGUUACGCCAAAGGUAAGAGAUCGUUGUACCUUUCUUAAAGUUAUCUUUGCUUCUGUCUUUUGAAUGUUUCUUAGGUACAGUUACAGUUACAUAUGAGAGAAAACACUGUGGUCCAUGUUGAAUCCAAUGGUGUCCCACUUUAUGAUAAUUUCGCUUAAACCUUACUGAAGACUUUUAAGCUUUGUCUUAUAAGUUACUUACAACAUCAAAAAAUUUGUAUUUUAAAAAUUCGGUAAAAUUGUGUAGAUUUUGCGCACUGUAAACUUAGUCUCGCUCCUUUGCUUCUAACAGAGCGUUAACCUUGUACACCCUAGCAUCAGUAUGUAUUUUCUCCCUACUGUUCUCCAUACAUUUCUUAAGGUGCGGACGAGAAUUUUUUAACAAUCAAGAGCUUCUUUCGUUGGUGAUCAGUAUCUUUAUUCGCGUGUUGUAUGGGGAAAUUAGAUGCUAGUCACUCGUAGCUAGGGGUCAGAGGGUUGGAUAUGAAUUACUUAUUAACUGUGUCUUAGUACACGUUUGUUGCAAGCAAGAAACAAACUGAAAACACAACACUUUGUUCCAUUUCAGUGAUGAUGGUGAACGGGGACCAUCGGAUUGGAAUAUUUGCCAAACGUGACAUCGAAGCUGGAGAGGAACUAUUCUUUGACUACAGGUAAAGAAAGAAAAGCUAUUUCUUCUUCAUAAGUAAGCAUCUUUGUCUCCAGAGGAAAGAUCGAUCGCUUUUUCACAAGCUUAAAGUGUCGUCAUUGCUGAUCCUAGCAAUAUACGGGGCGUUUGUCACGUGGAAACAUGGCAAGGGCUUUGCUUAUCAUCCUUAACUGGUGUUGCGCGUCAACACCGCCGUUUCUUUUCUUCAUCCGCGGGAAAGUAAGAGGCCUUGAGCAUUAGAGCCCAACCCCUACCAAACCUCUCCCCGACUCGUCUUGAUUCUUCCCGCGGGUGGAUGAACGCGCGUCUUGCAGCGCUAAUAAUGAGGGCCUGGGAGCAAGCUACACCGUAGUGUUCUCUGUAGCUCAGUGGUGGAGCAUCAGAACGCAGAAUGGGAAGUUUUGGGUGUUUUAUUCUUUUAGGGGGAGUCAGUUUUUCUUUUUUUUUGUCCCACUUGUUUUUCAUUGCUUUUUUUUCCGUGACUAAAUGAAUAUGUCAUAACAUAUUUCUUUCUUUCAUGACUUAGCUCAAAACUUACCCUCUUUUUAAUUCAUGGUACUCAGUUAAAACAACUUGGAUGUCCCAAUAAUAUUGUUGCUCCUUCUGGAGGGGUGGGGAUCCUAAUUCACCGUAGGUUUCCUAAGUACUUGCCAGCUUUGUCAGGAUCGACGCACUUAUUCCACUGACCGCUUGCAACCAAUCAGAUGACAAUAUCCCCACCAGCCCUCCCCCCUUCCCCCUUCCCCCUCCUCCCUCAAAAAAUAAAAACUUAAAAAGUGGCGAUGAUUUUAAAGAGCAGUGACCUUGAUGUUAGUCCUUGAUGGAGAAAUGCACAGAAAGGGUAAAGUAGAUUGCCAAAGAACACAAUACUAUGGACUCGAUCAUGGCCCACUCUUUCAGGAGACAAGCGAGCUACUCAGCUUUUAUUUUUGUCUCUCUACCUCUGAUUUUUUAAGUUACUUGUUUUUCAUUGUUUUUUUUUUUUUAAAUCAUAUUUCAGGUACAGUGCUACGGAUGCCCUCAAGUUUGUAGGAAUCGAGCGUGAUGUAGACUUUGCUUUGAGAUAAAAAGUUUAAAUGUAUUUUCCAUUGACGCAUACAGUAUAGAUAUUGAAACAAAAAAAACCCAGACAAACACUUAGUAUAUCUGUUUACAAUUGUAAUUACUUUUGAUUAAGAAAAAUAAAGACAAC